GUUGUCAGAAUUUGCUCUGUGAAUGACACCGGGGGAGGAGACAAACAGCUGUCACACAGCAGCAGCUCCUCACUCACCCCAUGUCUCCUCCUCCAUCUGAUCAAACCUGAUGACUUCAACAAGGAAGUUAACUGGCAGAGCUGCUUUACAGAGCUAAACCCACUGUUGCUCCCAUGAUGGCCACAAAAAUAGCCUCUCUCAUCCACAACUUGAACAAUGCUAACUGCUCAUCACUCCCACCACCCCAGGAGGUGUCUCCGUCCCUGACCCACAGUCCCUGCAGCCAGUCCUCUCUGACAAUGGCUAAUCAAGAGCUCCCCCAACAACGCACUAUCCAAGCAGCUCAUGUGGAACCAGAAGAAGAGACCCCAGCGCCUCAGCGUUUGCAUCGCAGCAGACACCUCAAGCGUUUGAGCUCCAGAUGGCAGUCGAGAGGCUCCACCGGCAACAGUAACAUUCCCGUCUCUGCAAUAGAGAAGCUGCAUGUUGCAAAGAGUCACAAGAAGCACUGUAAGCUGCUGGGUGAUGAGCACUCAUUGCAUGUCACUGCCAGCAAUCAGCGCCAGCGUUACGUCACCAAGGAUGGCAAGUGCAGGGUAAAUCUGGGACCUAUUGCAGACAAGAGUCGUUUUAUCUCAGAUAUUUUUACCACAUUAGUGGACCUCAAGUAUCGCUGGUUCCUCCUCGUCUUCACUAUGUGCUACAUUCUCACAUGGGUGGCCUUUGGCGGAAUCUACUUCUUCAGUGCCUGGUUGCGAGACGACAUUUCCCACGUUGAUGACCCACAAUGGAAGGCAUGCUUCGAAAAUGUAGACAGUUUCCUUUCAGCUCUGCUGCUGUCAAUAGAGAGCCAGAGGACUAUUGGGUAUGGCUCCAGGAUGGUGACAGCUAACUGCCCUGAGGGUACGGUGCUCCUGAUGGUCCAGUCCAUCCUUGGCUCCAUUAUUGAUGCUCUGAUGGUGGGCUGCAUGUUCGUUAAAAUCUCCCGGCCACAGCAGAGAGCCCAGACGCUGAUCUUCAGCAAGUAUUGUGUCAUAUGUGAGCGUGACGAGAAGCUGUGCAUGCUCUUCCGCAUUGGGGAUCUGAGAGAGAGCCACAUGGUGGAUGCCAAGAUCCGGGCCAAGCUGAUCAAGUCCAGGCAGACCAAGGAGGGCGAGUUCAUUCCACUGGAGCAGUCAGAAAUCAAUCUGGGCUACGACACUGGGGGAGACAGGCUGCUCCUGGUGGAACCCCAGACCAUUACCCACAUCAUCAAUGAAAGCAGCCCCUUCUGGGAGGUGGGGUCCAAGCGUUUGAAGAGGGAGACCUUUGAGAUCAUUGUCAUCCUGGAGGGCAUCGUGGAAGCAUCUGGUAUGACAUGCCAGGCGAGGACAUCCUACACAGAGGAUGAGGUCCUCUGGGGCCACCGAUUUGAGUCGUGUAUUUCCUUGGAGAAAGGGGCGUUUCGUGUGGACUACAGUGCAUUUGACAAAAUCUUUGAAGUCCAAAUGUCCCUACUCAGUGCAAAAGACAGGAGCACAGCAAAGGAAAAAGAAGUCGUGUUUUAGAAAAUGUUGGCUAAACAUCAGUUCUUGUUUCUGUACAAUAAAAUGGCAUAAAAUGAGUGACUUAUUGUGAUAUUCCCUGAUAAAAAAUAACAAUUAUACUUUAUGAAUAUUAAUCUCAGGGCAGCCAUAAUUGCUGUUGUUCUGUUGUAUGUGUAAUAAGGUUUGUUCCAUGUUUUUAUUAUAAUAUGCCAUUUAAUCUCUGUUACAUUAUGAAAUGUUUUAUGGUGUGUUUGAAUAAUAUAUCAAAAAUAAAAAGUAAACAUUCUUCUCAA